GACUGGCUCCCCUUGCCCUGCCUCUCUCCAUGCUGAAUAUUUCAGAAGGAAACAGAGGUGUGUGUGUGUGUGUGAGAGAGAGAGAGAGAGAGAGAGUAGGGCAGACAGUAGGAAGAAUCAGCAGCAGCAUCAGCAAAUGGAACAGCAGUGUGUCUCUGGCUUGAGAAGAGAGAGAGAGGAGAGAUCAGAUCCCAGCAGCGUGUUUGUGAGGAUUACAUGAGCUUCUCUAAGCCAUGACAUGAGGCGUCUUCACCGAGCUUCUCGCGCCAGAAAGCAGGACUAUUUUUCCCCUCUCCUUCUUUUUCUUCAUUUUGCAUCCCUUCUUUUUUAAAAAUAAUCUAUCCAGUCAUUCGUCGCGCUGUCUCGUUCUUCUCUCUCUCUCUCUCUCUCUCUCUCUCUCUCUCUCUCUCUCUCCCUCUCUCCCUCCCUCCCUCUGAGCUCACAUCAGCUGAGCAGUCCGCGGGGCUGGAUGCUAGCGGUUAGCGUUAGCGUGAGUAAGCGCGCCGGCCCGGAGCACAGGGAGGCGUGAGACGCAGACCAGGGGCGAGGAGAAGAUCCCCGCUGGGGAGGGGGGCGGGGCAGGGAGGAUGCCGGCGCCCCCCGGCCUGAGGAGGGGGGGCAGCAGGUCAGUACUCCCAUCCCUCUCCACCAUCAGGGAGGAAGAGGAGCAGGAGCAGAGGACUAACCGCAGGAGACGCGGGAGAGGAGACUCUGACCAUCACCUCCAUGGUGAUGAGAAGACGUCUUCAGGCUGCGCAGACCCGUCCACCUCUGAGCACAAGAUCUACACCAUCCACAGCACCGCGCACACACACAAUGCAGGGAAACCAGAGCCUCUCAUGCUAAAGCUUGAUGAGAGGCAGAGACUGGCCCGAGAGAGGAGGGAGGAGAAGGAGCGACAGAUAGCUGCACGGGAGGUACAGUGGCAGGAGCGGGCGGAGCGGGCGCGGCAGUACUAUGAGAGACAGGUGGAGGAGAGGAGAAGGCACCUGGAGGAGCAGAGGCAGAAGGAGGAGCGCCGCCGCACCGCCGCGGAGGAGAAACGCCAGCAGAAGAACCGAGAGGAGAGGGCACGGUAUGAAGCCGUGAUGAGGAAGACUAUGGAAAGGAGUCAGAAGGUCAGACCGAAGGCCAACCGCUGGAGCUGGGGAGGAACUCUAACCCCCAUCAUCUCACAUAACAGUGACGCAGGCAGGAGGUCAGUCUCCACCAUGAAUCUGUCCAAACACUCAGACCCAGUCAUAACCAAACGCCUGUCGUCCUCCUCCGCCACACUGCUAAACUCCACAGACAGAGCCUUACAGAAGCGGACGUCCCUCUCUUCCUCCUGCUUAGUAAACAAAGCUCGGCCCAGAGUUCCAGCGUCCAGGGAGAAGCCCCAGCAGGACAAAGCCGCAGGUAUGCGUCGUAUGCCCCUAAUCUCAUGGGAGAACACUGUAGUCAGCCGCUUACAGGCACCAACUCACUCCUACCUAGCCAGGAGCCGCAGCGCUAUGUCACUGUCCGGAGAUGCAGUGACCCCCGUUUGUCCUCGCUCAGCUUCCUGUCACCCAAUGAGCUCGCAGUCCUUCAAGUCCUUGCAUUCACGCAGUGCUGAGCGACCAAUCAGAGCAGGCCUUAGCUUUGAACAUCCAAUCAGAGCCGGAAAUGUCGGCCCGGACGCUCCUGCCCGCAGAAAGACGGUUCAUAACAUGCCGGUCGACAGGAAGGAUAAGGACUAUGUGAGGAAGUCGUGGAGCAAUCUGUCCUAUCCCACUCCGACUCUCAUCACCCCCACCAGAACCACAUCCUCCCCUGGAUACCAUGGCAACAGAGCCAACCAGCCACUGGCUGUCAGGAGCUCAGCAAAAGCACCUCAAAAGCCCCUCAUGGCCAGAAAGUCCAGGUCUCCACCCCCACCUGCCUCCCUGCCUCUGUCACUGGGCAACGCCUUCCUGAAAUCGAGCAACCUGCGACCCAACAGAGAAGCACUGGAGAGACCCAGAACAACUGUGGAGGAUGAGGGAGGCACUAUGAAGGGCAAAGGCAUGAAUAGGGAGGAAGAGGAGGCACAAAGAGAGGCAGAGGGAAGCAGGAAGGAGCAGGAGGUGCAGCGAUGUGCAAGCCCCACCAAAGCACCAGAGGAAACCUCUGCCACCAAAGCAGAACCUGCUACUGAGAGCCCAGUGAGUCCUCCAUCGGUCAGGCCCUCUGCAGGUACCACGGACCCAGAGGAAGCCUCCCGCCUGCUGGCUGAGAAGCGGCGCCAGGCCCGGGAGCAGAGGGAGCGAGAGGAGGAGGAGAGGAGGCAGCAGGAGGAAGCUGAGAGGCGCCACAGAGAGGAGAUGGCUCGCAGGAAAGCGGAGGAGCGAACGCGCAGAGAGGAGGAGGCUCAGCGUCUGGCUGAGGAGGAGAAACGCAAGGAAGAAGAAGAGAGGCGCUUGGAACAGGAGAGACUGCAGAGAGAGAGAGAGGAAGCAGAACGCCUACAGAGACAGAAAGAAAAGGAGGAUGCCCGUCAGCGUGAAGAAGCAGAGCGCUUGCGCCAGGAGAGGGAGUCGCACUUCCGAAAGGAGGAGGCCGAGAGACUGGAGAGGAAGAAGCGCCUCGAGGAGAUCAUGAAACGCACACGGCGGUCCGAGCAGAAAAGCCCAGCCCAGAGGAACGGAGACGUGAGGCAGCCGAGCAGGCAGGAUCUGGUGAACUCCUCCACUGCUGGAAUCCCCUCGAUCAGUGCAUCAGCCCCACAGGCCCCCGAGACCUCACAGCACAGUGACUCGCACAUACUGCCCCCUGCUGGAUAUAGUGGGAAUGCAGAACCCCGGUUUAGAGAGAACGGCAUCGUCAUGGACACGCAGACCUUUGAAGAAGUGAUUGAGGUGCCCGUGGUGACCAAGCUGUCUCGUCAAGAGGGAGACGGCGAGGAAGAGGAGGUGCGGAGGAAGUGUCCGCUGCUGGCCUUCCAAGAGAACGGCAGCACUCUUAACCUGCCCGCGGCAGAAAACAGCCAGACUAAGAACCAAAAUGUCUGAACGCCUAUGAGGGAGAGAUUGUUGGAGAAAAUGCCGAACUUCCAGCCUGGAGGACCUUCUUGGGCCUCCUGCCACUUCUCUCCCUCCCCACCUCUACAUUUUCUCCUGCUGACACUGGAAACCUGCGGAGAAAAUGACUGAAAUGCAUCCUGCUCCCCGUCUCCUCACAGUGGACAACCCCUUCAAAACCAGCUUCUUGUGCUUCCUGUGUUAUUUCUGCCUUGACCUCUUCCAGACUAAUGUGGUAUAUUCUUGAGAACCGUGGUGGCACAAACCAUGACUCUGUUCACAGUAGGGAAGUCUCGUAUGUUGGCAGGUAUGUCUGGAUGUGUCCAGGUUUAAAUCCGUGGUAAAAUCUAAUACUUGAAGAUCUUUUUUUUGUUUUGUUUUGUUUUGUUGCUUGUGAGAUCAGCCUUCAGUAAAGUGCUAACCAAUCACUUUUAUUGGAUGGUAAAUUAUCUUUGUAAUAUUUAGGUAAAUAUAAUGCAAAACAGACUAGUUUUGCAGUCAGUAAACCAGGAAUGGUGUGUAACAUACUGAUAACUGCUUAGAUUUGUAAUUACUUUUAAAUAAUGAAGAGAACUUUUUUUUCCUCUUGUUUGGUAAAGCUUUACCUUUGCCUCAUUUUGCCAGUGUUGCUAUGGUUACGAGAGGAGCCUUGUUAUUGGGCCUGAGUGAUGUCUCAAGAAUCCAGUGAUCACAGGCACCAAAAGCUGUCAUAAUUGGCAACUUUAAAGCAGCAGGUUUACUGUUUUAAGACAUUACUUGGCCAUCUAGCAGUGAGCAACUGUAAAAACUGGUCUUGGUUAUUAUACACUGCAGACCUUUAAGUGGGAAAGUUGGAGGACUGCUGGAACAUUGAUGCAGUGCUCUAAACUAGCGUGCCAGUCUCUGCGCUUCCUGUAUGGGACUUUAGCCAUCAAUAUCCGAGUGCAUCCUGUUCCAUAGAAACCUGAGGAUCGGAGGGGUUUUUCUAACUUGUAGUGAAGCGGUCAUUAAAAUGCACAGUCCAGUUUGUGGAAAUGGUACAAAUUGAAGCAAAAUGUUGAACAAUAGGGUCAAAUAGGAAAAAAUAGAAAUGUGGCUAUAUGUGCAGGUUCCCUAUGCCUUAUCAGUUUGGGAGAAGUGUGAGAUGUUUGAACAUGUCCUCACUUUGUGGCGGACCCAUCAUCUAGUUUAAGGGCUGAUGUCAUCUUUCUCCCACCCUCAAACCCCUGCUGCUUAAAUUCAUGCGUAACGUAACCAUCUCAGAUCUCUUAGGAUUCAUGUUACUCUGUAAACACUGUGUGAUGUCAUAUUCAUCAUUAAUGGUAAAAAAAAAAAAAAAAAAAAAGGUUUUUUUUAAAAGCUGUAGAAGUGGCGUUGUGAGCGAUUCAACAUGUCUGCGGUUGCCAGUUGUAGCUUUUGAAGUGUAAUGUUGUCAGCAGCUGGUGAGGAGUGCUGUACUGCAGAAAACCUGAAUAAAACCUGCUGAACAGAGGAAUGGCUAAAUAUGUACACCAUAAA